CCGGAAGUAGCCUAAACUCGCUGUCCUGUCACUGGACUUCCGUCCUCGUCCCCACACAGAGUUGUCGGCAGACCUGAUUCGCGGUCUUUAACAUGCCUUUCAUAGACUUCCAGACGAAUUUACCGGCCGGCUCGUUCUCGGAGGACUUUGUGAAGAAGCUGAGCUCGUGCGUCGCGGCUGCUCUGGGGAAACCCGAGGACAGGAUGAAUGUGGUGGUGAAGGCUGGGCUGCUGAUGAUGAUAGCUGGCUCUUGCUCUCCGUGUGUAAUGCUGUCGGUGUCUGCUAUUGGCGUGACUGACACUGCUGACAAGAACAAGGAGCACAGUGCCAAGAUCUUUGAGUUUCUGACCACAGAACUUCGUCUGCCAGAAGACAGGUGAGCUCUUAGAGGUACUGUCACUGUAAUA